AUUUCCUUAAUCUUGGAAAUGACUAAAAAAAAUGAACCUGUCCAUGUUAAAAUGUGACGUCUGAGGAGAAAAACCAUAAGUUUUGACAUAUCCUAAAUAACCAGGAGAGACAAAUCUCAGGAAGCAGGAAAACAUGGGGUCAGCUACACACACAGUGUGUGUGCUCCUGUGUUUUUGGGUCUCGGGAUCAUGCUACACACUCCAGACCGUGGGCCCAUGUACGGUCAACAGAGAGACGGCUGCUUUUGACUGCAGUGGGAAAAGACUUACAUCGGUGCCAAAGCACAUCUGGAUGAAUGUAACCGAACUGGACCUGUCUGACAAUCUGUUAGACUUAACCCACAGUGACAGCUUCAAGCACCUAAACCUCUUCAGCCACUUAGUCUCACUGAAUCUAUCAGGAAACUACCUCCCCCUACUGUUAAAAGACCAUCUCUACAGUCUUUCUUCUCUUAAAAUACUAGACCUGAGUAGGUGUCAACUGGACGCAGUGGAGGCAAACGCUCUGGUCAAGCUUUCCAGUUUACAGAUGCUCCUCCUGGGGGACAUUCAGUUGACUGCUGUCAAAGACCUGAGAUUGAGUCCGUUUGUGGAACAGAAUAACAGACAGAAAGAGGGAGACAGAGGAAUGAUGAUCAGAGCUUCAAAGCGCAUGGCACAGGAUGACCAAGAUGAUGGAUAUUCUAAGGAUGUCAACUAUGGAGCCUUCCUUCGUAAACUACUUACAACUGUGACACCAGAUGCAAAGACAACAAUUAACGAAACAAAAGAGGAGGUUGAUCCCAAAACAUCAUCAGAAAGCUGGAAGGUAUUUGUGGGUGUUCUGGGGUCAGCGAUCACCCUCUCUGUCCUUAUCGCUUUGAUGGCCAAAUGCAAAGUCGUGCACAAGUAUCUGGCAAGCUACAGGCACUCCAGGCUCAGCGAAGUAGAUGCCACGAGUCAGUGUGACCACGCAAACUUUGAGGUGGGAUUCUCAACCCAAGGUGGCCCAGGGAUUCGGACAGCUGCACCUAAUCAUGACAUUGAGGCGGAUGAUGACGGGUUUAUUGAAGACAACUAUAUUCAAGCAAGUGAGAGUGAGAGAGCCACAAGAGCAGCAGCACUGACUGAUGAUGACGAGGAGGAGGAAGAGAUUGAAUUUAGUAUUGGCUAGCACUAUUAAGUCUAAUGUUGUUCAAUCUUAUUUAUAAUUUCAAUUGCAUUAUGUAGUCUGUAACAAACAUUCAAUACUCUAUAAUCACUAAACUAUUCUUAUUAAAUGGUGUAAUAUUUCCAAUGAAAUUAAUACAUUUUGACAUAGAUGUCCAAAUACUUUCUAGGGACACUUUUUUUAAUCAAUAUUUGAAAAUAGGUGAAUCAAAGUUGAAUGACAAUUGAAUUUACAGUAGGCCUUACAAAAUAAUGAUCUGUUAAUAUUUUUUUACAAUGUUAACAUUGUUAAUGAAAUGUAUUAUUAUUAUUUUUUCAAA